AUGGAUCCCGAGUACUUCAGCGAUAAUCGAUUGUCCCUUGUGGCCAACGAAAACUGCAAAAUCAGAGCCUGCAAGCCGCCGAGAAUCGAAGAAUUCCCACCGGAUCUAUUCACACAAGAGCAGAGAUAUUACGGAGGAGUAGCAUUUCAUUUUUUGAUCUGCCUCCACAUCUUCUGCGCUCUUACGGUGGUUUGUGAUGACUAUUUUGUUUCAUCGCUCACUCGCAUCACGAAAUGCUUGAAGCUAAAGCCAGACGUGGCUGGCGCAACUUUCAUGGCGGUUGGAAGUUCAGCUCCGACACUGUUCAUCUCCAUAAUAUCGACGUUUUUUACUGAGGGAGACAUCGGUCUUGGGACUAUUGUGGGCUCCACGAUAUUUAACACGCUGUUCAUUAUCGCCUUGUGUGGAAUCGGGGCUGGCGUGACGAUGCAUCUUACCUGGUACCCAAUCUUUAGGGAUUCUAUCAUGUAUAUCCUAAGCGUGCUGAUUCUUAUGUUCUCGCUAUACGACCGAAAAAUCCACUGGUACGAAAGCGUGGCGCUUUUCGUUGCUUAUACAUUGUACAUUAUCGUGAUGUACUUCAAUGAUUCUCUGGAAGAGUGGGCUCAGGAAAUGAAAGAAAAAAUAACGAAGAAAAAGGAAGAGAAAGAAAGCAAAAGAAUAGAAAUAGAAUACGAAGAAGUUCAGGAUAUAAAUGAAAGUACUGAAAAUCUGAAUGAAUCUGAAGAGACUGAAAAUCGGUUGAAGCUGCCUAAAGGUUCAGUCUUUUCCAAGGCUUUGUGGAUUUUCACUCUUCCCUCUAUAAUUUUGUUCUUUUUCACUAUCCCAGACUGUCGUAAGAAGAAAUGGCAAAAGUUCUAUCUCCUGACAUUUACUUCGUCGGCGAUAUGGAUGGGCGGUCUGUCUUAUGUUCUGGUGUGGAUGGUAUCCCUGGUUGGAUACACUUAUAAUAUCCCAGAGUGCGUCUUGGGCAUGACGUUUCUCGCUGCAGGCAGCAGUCUCCCAGACGCCAUUGCGAGCUUAGUAGUAGCCAAAUUAGGAAGAGGCGAUAUGGCAGUUUCCAAUUGCAUUGGAAGUAACGUGUUUGAUAUGUUGUGCCUUGGCAUAACUUGGCUGAUCAAAACUACUAUUAUUUCUCCCAACACCGCGGUUUAUAUUCAAAGCGAGAAUAUAUUUUUCACCAGUGGGAUUUUAAUAGCGAGCAUUUUAUGCACAAUAUUGUUGAUAGUCUUAAACAAAUGGAAACUUGAUGAAAAACUGGGCGUUAUUUUCCUUGUAAUGUAUUUACUUUUUCUCGGUAUUGCUACUUUUAUAGAGGUUUUGCCUUGUUGUUGAGAGCUGUAUUUUUAUGCUUAUUUGGAGUCGGUGAAAUUAGAGUGGCCUGGGAGAAAUGCGUGAAGAUUUCUAGUGACUAUAUAUACACAUGGGCAUGGUAGCUUUAUGAAGCGAGCCAUUCAAAUAAAAGCUGUUUGGCAUUUUUUUUCUUGCAGUAGAGUGUUAGUUAUUGCCAACUUAAUUUUCAUUAAUGACGUCAGUUGGAUCUAGGGCUUUUCACCCCAGUUUCGGUGAAAGGUUAUAAUGCCUGUAGACCCACUGCCUUGUCUCAUAGAGAAACAGAAAGGUACGGAAACUUGGCGUUAUCAACUAAAAUUCCUACCCAUAAACUAACUCAGUACUAAAUAGCGUGCGCUACCAUUUCUCUCUGGGAUUUCCUUAUACUAUUUUAAAAAAGAUUUCUUUUAAACGUAUUCACGAUACAGGCGUCAUUUGAAGGAACUGGAUGAUAAAUUAAAAGACUCCAAGAUGACACAAAAGUUUCCCAGGAGAAUAAGUGUACUUCAUCACAGGAAGCGCCAUUUCUUCAACUGCAGCAGCCAUGCGAUCAUUGAAGUUCUUCAGUAUCAAACAAUCUUUUCAUUGCAGCAGAGACGGGAAGGUGCAAUAGUGAUACACGGUCUUAUUUGCCUGUAUUGCUUUGGUGCAUUAGCAAUCUUGUGUGAUCAUUAUUUCUGCGCAUCUCUCGAGAAGAUUUGCAAAAGGUAAGUCUUAAAGGGGUUAUGUCACGUGGAUAUUGCUGCAGUUUAGGAAAAUUCUGAGGUGAUUACCUGCCUCGUACCCAGACGUCUCUCUCUCAAUGAAAAUGUGCGCGUAAAGGAAGGCAGGACGGAGACGACGGGCUUCACCUGCCGUCUGUACCCUUCCCAUGGUACCUUGCGGUUUUUCACCAGUCACUCGCGUUUCGCGCUCGCCUCUACCAUGCGAAAAACAAAGCGCCUGAGGAGGAGGCUGGGUCAUUACUAAGUGCCUUUACCCAUACACAAAAUGCUACUAUAGCGGUAUGAAAACGAUAUGAAAAAUUUCAUUAGGAGCACUAACAAUAAUAAAUGUUUGCUUUUGGCGAUUUUUGCAGGCAUCGCAUUAAAACUUGCUAAGGUUGGCCCAACUUUUUCAAGUUUCAAUCCAUGUUCAUCCUGUCCAUCCGCUGCAACAGACGACAGGAAACAGUUUUGAUGCCUAAAUUAAGUUUUAAAUAACAAAACUGGACCAUUAUUGUUUCAAAGGGUGAAUUCGAUUGAUGCCAAAAAAGUUUCAGCUUUUUAAAAGGAUAGCAAAUGGCGUUACAUAGGUCCUUUAAUUGUCAAAGAAUUCACUGCCGUGGCCAAACAAAAUAGUUGGUUAUUUAAGGCUUUGGAAUUGACAAGAUGCACACGACUCAGCUUGACUUUCAACGGCGUGUUUUUCGGAGAUACACCAUUGUCAGUAGUUCAGUACCUUCAGAAUAAUAACUGUGAUUGCCAUGUCUUACAUCGUUCACUUAAUUGCACCCUGCCAACUGCAUCUCCUCGCCUUGCGUUGCGGAAGAAACUUCAUGUCACUCAACCUAGGAUUGCCAUAAGGAAAGGGGGUGUUGUUUUGCAGCCAUUGCAAAAAAAAAAAAGAUUUUGCAGUGGAGCUUGUCCUAAACUGUGUAUUGGACAAAAGAAUGCCUUGCCAGGGUGAUAGGAACCUGGAAAUCAAUCUUUUGUCUGUGAUCCUUGAGAUUUGGUCCCGUUAUAUGCUUCAUCAAAAUGGAUCUUAGUGCCUCAUUUCAGCCACAAAAGUGGUCUGAUAAAUAGUAGCAGUUUACCCCGAUAUUAAACUCUUUUUCUUAUCUUCGGCAGGCUUCGUAUCCCGACAGACGUCGCAGGCGCAACAUUUAUGGCAGCCGGUAGUUCCAUGCCCACUCUGUUUAUCGCCAUUGCGUCGGUGUUCAUGGGUGAAGGAGACAUAGGCCUGGGUACUAUAAUUGGCUCGACUAUGUUUAAUAUUCUUUUUAUAUCAGCGAUCUGUGGAUUGUGUUCUGGAAUGGCCAUAGCACUUCACACGUGGCCUCUACUCAGAGACUCCUUUGCAUACACUGUUCAUCUAAUAGCAUUGCUGAUUGCAAUUGAAGAUAAUACUGUCCACUGGUAUGAAGCCGCUGUUUUUCCCUUCUUGUAUUGUGGCUAUAUCCUCAUUAUGUGCUACAACAAAAAACUGGAAGGUUUGUUUGAAAAAUGUUGCCAACGAUUUUGUGAGAUUCGCAAGGGAUUUGAAAUGGUUCAGAUGGACAACCCCAGCGAAAAUGAUAGCAAAAGUUUAGGAGAUGACAACACGACGGCAAAAUCUGAACAAGAUAUUGAAGAAAACCCUGAUACAGCUGGUCAUAACGAGACGAAAGAAACCCAUGCGCUAGAAAGCCCGCCGUCACAAGUUCACGGUUUUUCUGCAAAAUCCCCGUUGGAGAUUCCCAAAAGCUCGUGUAAACUUGUUAUCUGGAUCAUUAUGCUCCCGAUCCACGCAAUUUUUUUCAUUACGAUGCCAGACUGCCGUAAAAAAGGAUGGGAGAGUUGGUAUCCAGUCACAUUUGUAGUGUCAAUAAUAUGGAUGGCCAUCAUUUCUUACGUGUUAGUAUGGACAGUUUCAGUAAUAGGCGAGACGUUUGACAUUCCUGAGUGUAUCAUGGGAUUGACGCUUCUGGCUGCUGGAUCGAGUGUCCCGGAUGCAAUGGCGAGUCUGGUUGUCGCCAAACAUGGAAUGGGUGACAUGGCACUCGCCAACUGUGUGGGUAGUAACAUAUUUGACAUCCUUUGUCUAGGAUUGCCAUGGUUUCUGGCCGCGACAGUUGUUCACCCAGGCAGCGUGGUCUUAAUCCACAGUGGUCACAUAGUUUACACAUCGUUGUGUCUUUUUGGCACGGUUUUAGUGACGUUGAUUGUCAUACAUCUAAACAACUGGUACUUAGACAAGCGUGGGGGAUGCAUUCUUUUGAUAAUCUACCUCGUGUUCUUAACAGUUGCCGUUAUUCUUGAAGCCCUGCCACGGGGGAAUGAGCCCAAGUUAAGCCCCCAUCACCCAAGUCACCUCCCAAAAAAGGGUUUGGGACACCACAGGAACGGUCAUCUGACUCACUUGAAAAAAGUCACGUGA